AGAAAGGGCAAAAUGUGUCUCUUAAAAGAUUUCGUGUUGUGUCAAAAAAAAAAAAAAAGCUUUCGUGUUGAAGAGGGUGUGUGACUCAAGUGAGCAUGUAUUGAAACCCCCCUUUCCAAGUUUCUUCACAACCUUGCAAUCUCCAUUAGUUGCUGUUCCCCAUUUUCUCUUCUCAUCGUCGUCUGCCUCUAAUUUCGUAAAUAAAAAAUGUCUCGAAGAUAUGAUAGUCGCACAACAAUCUUCUCCCCAGAAGGACGUCUUUACCAAGUUGAGUAUGCAAUGGAGGCCAUCGGGAACGCCGGUACUGCAAUAGGAAUCUUAUCAAAAGACGGAGUUGUCCUAGUUGGUGAAAAGAAGGUAACAUCUAAGCUGCUACAAACCUCAACAUCAACCGAGAAAAUGUACAAAAUCGAUGACCACGUUGCUUGUGCUGUCGCCGGAAUAAUGUCCGACGCCAACAUCCUAAUCAACACAGCCAGAGUCCAAGCACAACGCUAUACUUUUGCAUAUCAAGAGCCAAUGCCAGUGGAACAGUUAGUUCAAUCUCUCUGCGAUACUAAACAAGGUUACACCCAAUUUGGCGGUCUCCGGCCAUUCGGAGUCUCGUUCUUAUUUGCAGGAUGGGACAAAAACUUCGGCUUUCAGCUUUACAUGAGUGACCCGAGUGGAAAUUAUGGUGGCUGGAAAGCUGGAGCUAUCGGUGCAAACAACCAAGCUGCACAGUCGAUACUAAAACAGGACUAUCAAGACGAUAUCAGCAGAGAAGAAGCUGUGCAACUUGCAUUGAAAGUUUUAAGUAAAACUAUGGAUAGUACAAGUCUUACGUCGGAUAAACUUGAACUUGCAGAGGUUUAUCUUUCACCUUCUGGAAAAGUUAAGUAUGAAGUUUGCUCACCAGAGUCGCUUACUAAGCUUUUAGUGAAAUCUGGUGUCACUCAACCUGCAACAGACACUGCUUAGGUUGAUGUUCCAUUGUCUGAUGCUGUUUAUUAUGUCCUGUUUUAUUUCCUAUGUUUUUGGUAUUAGAUACAAGAUAUUGGCUCAGACAUAUUUCAAACUUGAACAUUUUGUAUGUUGGUAAAUGGCUUUGUAUUUCUUACAUCUUUUUGGAUUUUCAAGACAGUUCAAUGGUAUUUGUGUUCCAUU